UAUAUAGAGCUACCUCUUCGUCCGCUCGGCUGUGACGUCAUUCCCAGCUUCCGGGGUAAACGGAAAGCAGCAGAACAGGAGGAAGGAGUGUGCAGGACGCUAAUAAGUCAGCCUUAUUUGUUAUCCAGUUUAUAAUAUUUACGGCGUAUAAAAUACAUAUGUGAUUCUUUAUUUAAGGAUAAAGUGGUCUCGAUGCGCUAGAAGCACUGUGCCGCUUCUCGUGCUAUCUUUGCUUGUUAGUUAGCUUAGCUGGCUAGUUAGCUUAGCUUGUUAGCUGCUAACAAAGAGACGAGGACGUUAUCAACACAUCGCUAAGUAGAGAUCAAGUGUGAGAGUAAAGUGUUGUGAUUGUGUGAAAAUGUGCCAAAGAAUGAUAGCAAAGUAUGAGGAGGAACUUUGUCCAACAAAAGAGGAGAAGGAGCGACAACAUCAACUACUGGACGCUGUUUUCAAGAAACAUCAAGUUGUGUUACACAGAACAGACAUCGAUGAAGAACAUCUUCCUUAUGAGCAGGAGGAGGAUCCACAGUACCCCCACAUACACGAGGAAGAAGAGGUACCACAUUCCCAACACAUCAAAGAGGCAGGAGAGGAGCCAAAGCCCCCCUACAUUAAAGAGGAAGACGAGACGCCACAGACCCAUAAUGUUAAACUGACCCUUCACAUUGAAGGGCAAGCGGAGGACCCACUGAUCUUACACAUCAAAAAGGAAGAGGAGGACCUACUGAUCUUACACAUCAAAAAAGAAGAGGAGGACCCACUGACACCUCACUUUAAGGAGCAAAAGAACCCACUGACCCCUCACAUUAAAAAGAAAGAGGAGGACCCACUGACCCCCUGCUUUAAAGAGGAAGAGGAGGAAGAGGGCAUCAGUCAGCCUAAAUGGUUGGAGGAGUUCCCAGUGACUGGUGUCCCUGUGAAGAGUGAAGAUGAUGAGGUGAAAGGUGAAAGUGAGGAGAGGGGAGGGGGGGAGCCUCCAAGCAGCAGCUCAACACAACACAUGACAACAGAAGCUGAUGGAGACCACUGUGGAGGAUCACAAGCAGACAAGCUCUUAGCUCCACUAUCAGAUAGUGAGGACACAACGUCACACUCUCCUGACACUGAUGAUGAAGACUCUAAAGAUGAUAAGACAUGUCACACUGACAACACUCACUUCACAUCUUCUCACUCUCACAAAACUUUUAAAUACCAAAGUCGUCUGAAAAGACACAUGAGAACACACACUGGAGAAAAACCUUUUUCUUGUUCACUCUGUGGUAAAGGUUUUGCACAAAGUCACCAUUUGAAAAGACACAUGAAAACACACACUGGUGAAAAAACUUUUUCCUGUUCAAUAUGUGGUAAAGGUUUUACACAAAGUCAGGAUGUGAAAAGACACAAGAGAACACACACUGGUGAAAAACCUUUUUCCUGUUCAACCUGUGGUAAAGGUUUUACACAAAGUCAGAGUUUGAAAGUACACAAGAGAACACACACCGGUGAAAAACCUUUUCCCUGUUCUACCUGUGGUAAAGGUUUUACACAAAGUCAACAUUUGAAAGUACACAUGAGAAGACACGCUAGUGAAAAACCUUUUUCUUGUUCAAUCUGUGGUAAAGGUUUUACACAAAGUCAGGAUUUGAAAGUACACAUGAGAACACACACUGGUGAAAAAUCUUUUUCUUGUUCAAUCUGUGGUAAAGGUUUUACACAAAGUCAACAUUUGAAAAGACACACUAGAACACACACUGGUGAAAAAUCACAUUCCUGUUGAAUCAGCAACAGAAGCUUUUGUUGACGAUCAACCCUUGUAGCACACAUGAGAAGACACCCUGGAGAGAAAGUGUUGAGUUGCAGUGUGUGUGGUGAAAGAUUGUCUUCUAAGUACCAGUGUAAGAAACACAAGUGUGCUAGUGAGAACAGCAGCAGCAAAUGAAACUGCAGGAUUUGAAAUAAACUGUCCAGACUUUCAUUUUGACUUUCUAACAACAUCAGCACAUAUAACAUGUGUGACAUUGUUGUUUGUCUAACAAUCUGGUUAAUAUGCUUCUGCAUUUAUAGAUUAAGAUAGUUUGAAAUAUGAAAGUAUUACAUAUUUGUAUUUGUAAUUGUUAAUAAUCCCAUAGAUCUGGCCUGGCCAACCCGCGGCUCGCGAGCCUCAUGCGGCUCUUUAACUAGUUUCAUGCGGCUCUUCAGGAGCUGUCACAUGACAUGCGUCAAAAAUGCUUGGCUGGCGCUGUCAUUCACUCCCCCUACAGCUAGAUGGCACACUGACCAUUAAGCCUGUUUGAGUGACGUCAAACGAGAAAAGAGACAGAUAUACAACACUGGUUGCAAACAUGCACAAAAGGUUUGUGACCCGGUUCUGUGAUCUACAACUGAAAAGACCACAGAUUACGAUCCUCGUCGACCCAUUUAAUUCGGAGACAGACUGUUUGAAAGCCCUGCUCGUCACAGAUGAGGCUGCGGCUGAGUUGGAGAUGAUCGACCUUUGUGAGGAGGAUCAACUGAAAGCUGUUUUAAGGGAAGGGACCAUUGAGUUCUGGAAAAGUGUGCCAAUUGAAAAAUACCCCAACAUCAAACGAGCUGCGCUUAAGAUACUGUCCAUGUUUGGGUCAGCGUACGUCUGCGAGUCUGUGUUUUCUACCCUGAAACAUGUGAAAUCAAAGCAUUGAUCUGUUCUGACUUACACUCAUUUGAAAGAAUUGCUUAGAGUGGCAACAACAGAAUACAAGCCAGAUUUGAAGAGGAUUGUUCAAGAUAAGGAAUGCCAGAAGUCUCACUAAGCAGCAUAGUAAGAGAAAGAUGUUAUUGAAAAUUAUUCUAUUAUUGUUUAUGGACUUGCUUGAACUGAGAGUUUGUGUGUGUGAGACAGUGCAAACAAUGUUAACUGUUGAAAAUUACUGAUAUCAUGUUGGUGUGGUUAUUUUCAUUAGAUCUGGCUGAGCAGAGGUCUGUGUAUGCUUGCAUACAUUAUUAAAAGAUGAUUUUCAUGUGUACCCAUGUGUAUGAUGUGGCUCUUAGCAGUAACACAGAAAAAAAAGUGGCUCUUAGUCUCUGACUAGUUGGCCACCCCUGCCAUAGAUUAUCACCUUUAUAUGAUAUACAUAUGUACUGGUUCACAUCUGAAACAUCUUCUGGACCACUUCAGGAAGCAUAUUAUUAUUUACUUUAUACAUCAUUUCAACAGUUGUCUUUUAUACAAUUUUAAAAUGUCUGACCUUAUGAAUCAUUUGUUGGGUCUCUUUAAUUAUCGUUAUUACUCUGUAUUAUGAUGAUUGUGUUGUGAUUAUUUUAUAUGUAUGUCCCCAGAUCUUUACGUAAUCUAAACGUGAGAGAAAAAGGCAGAUUAUUUUUGUGAAGGGAUGGUUUUGUUUUUACAAACUUACAUUUGUCGAUAUAUUAAAUAAAUCCAGUAUUGUGUUUGAAACAUU